AUAAAAUUUCUUCUUGACAUAGAUAAAUCGUAUUAUAAUUUUCAUUGAAGAUAGUAAUCGCCAAAUUGCGCUUUUUAUUUUUUAUAUAUUGACAUGAGCAAUUGCGGUAAAUACGUAGAUCGCAAUCCGAGUUUGCGGGCAGCAGGGAAAUGUUUUGUCUCGAAAGAGAAGACAGAAGACGCGCUGAAAAUAUUCUCCACGGAAGAGGCAGCGGAAAAUAUAUUGCUCACAAAAUGCCGCCUCAAUAACAAGAAUGUAAGCAACGAUGUUUUGCCCUUCCAGCGAUAUAUACCUGAGGAAAACAUAAAGGAAUUACUUAGUCCUGAAUUGAAAAAGAGUAGAUUUGUUGUAUUCCGCGAAAAAUUUGCCGAAAAUAUGUAUUUUAAGAAACCUGAACUCGGUAAAGUCUUUCCAUUGGACUCAAAACCUCAAAAUGUAACGAACGAUAAUACCACCUUUGGGGACUCUACAAUACGAUCCGAAUCGUUAUAUGAUCUCAUAUUACCGCGAAAGUCUCCAGAUGAAGUGAACCGCGAAUAUGUUCGCUGGCAUGAAAAGUAUAUUAUCAGCCAUGGUCAUUACUUACCUUCAGAACAAUUAAGUCGCCAUUAUAAAAAACCGUUCGACAAGAAUAACCACUUCGGGACGGUUUACGAUGUGGACUUCAAUGGAAAAUAUGUUAAGAGAGCAAUUCAACAAUGUGAUAAUCUUAUUAUCAUCAGUAAGGCGCAAAAGCAAUUCCUUGAAAGGACUUUGGGCCGUUUGGGACGCAGUAUUUAUAGAGAAAAUCGUUAUAUAACACCCGAAAUGUCUUUCGGUGCACCCUCUGGCGCAGAUGAAUGUAAUGUGAAAGCACUUAUGGAAAUACAAGAUCAGUGUGAAGGAACGAGUCCUCUUAUAACUGCAUUGGGGCAUUUAAAUAAAGUGCGGCAGAAGCUAUUCGAACGCCACAACUUUCACAUGCAAGAUUUAAAAUUAGCUUUGGAGAAUCAUGACAUUAAAAAAACAGGACUGUUAACAUUGAAGGAAAUAUUUGAGAUAUUAAGGCGAGAGGGCGUUUAUUGUAAUUCGGAAAAGAUAACUACAGCGCUACGUCAUUUCAAAUUGAUUGAAAACGAGGGUCUACCAACAGAAGGUGUCAAAUAUGAAGAGCUAUGGAAGCUCAUACAUGUACAAUAUCCAAUACCAAAAACCGGAAAUAUCUCAAAAAUGCCACCAAAUAUUUAUAACAAAGAAACCACCUACCGGCUACUCUGUCAAGAUCGGAACAAACCACCCGUUGAAGCCAUACCAUCGAAACCCUUCGAUACGGAGAAUGCAGAAGAGCCGACAACUGUCAAAGAUGUUAUAUCUCCUGAUAUUCCAAUGCAUUUUGGGCUUGCCCCUAGUGAUUUCGCUAAAUUACGCCCCAAAGAGGAACUGCGACGUAUUUUUAAACGUUUAUUGGAUGCAGAAAAGUUCGAUAUUACGUGGGAAACUGCGCAAAAUAAAUUAAAACGUUCAAACGAAUUGAUAUCAGUGGAUGAACUGCGACAGGCUAUGAAUAGUCAUAAGGACUAAUAUUGUAAAUUGGGAGGUGGAAA